AUGUCUCCUCCACUCUUCUUGCCGCAGACACCCGUCCACCGCCAACUUCACCUCGCUGCAGCCUCCCAUUCCACCUCCCACUUUCACCAGAAUUACCUCCUCUCCGCCGUCGCCUACAGCGGCCAGCUCCUCGUGACCUUUUUCGGAACUCAGAACUUUGUGUUCUACUUGGAUACAGUGACAGGAGGAACCGACACUACGGCUAUAACACUUGAAUGGGCAAUGGCCGAACUUAUGAAUAACCCGGAUGCAAUGAGCAGGGCGCAGAAAGAAUUAUCGGAAGUAGUGGGAUUGAACGACAUUGUUGAAGCGCUUCACAUUCCAAAAUUGAAAUAUUUGGAAGCAGUUAUAAAAGAAACAAUGAGGUCACAUCCAGCAAUACCUCUCUUGAUUCCAAGGUCUACUUCGCAAUCUUCCACCGUCGGAGGAUAUACAAUCCCGAAGGGUACUACGGUCUUUAUAAAUGUUCGGUCUAUCCAAAGAGAUCCUUCGAUUUGGGACAAGCCAUUGGAAUUUCGGCCGGAGAGAUUUCUUGACGACACGAUUGAGAAAUGUGAUUAUAGAGGUAACUAUUUUCAUUAUUUACCGUUUGGAUCGGGAAGAAGGAUUUGUGCCGGGAUGCCCCUUGCGGAGAGAAUGCUGAUGUAUUUGUUGGCUUCAUUUUUCCAUUCGUUCGAUUGGAAAUUAGGACAAGGGGAAACACUUGAUAUGUCGGAGGCGUUUGGGAUUGUCCUAAGGAAAGGUACACCGCUGAUUGUUGUUCCAAGUCCUCGGUUAUCUGUUUCAGACCUAUAUGAUUAGUCACACGUACGUUGGUUACGAAUAAUAAUUGUUGCGGUGCUUUCGUUCCGUUUCUGUGAUUUUAUUGCUAAGUAAUGUGUUAUUGUUAUGUAAUUUUACUAUGAAUUUUGAUUUCACCGAUACACAUGUACGCAUGUUGGUGCAGAUAUGGCUAUUGCCUACUUGUUUAUCAUCUA